AUGAGCCCAAGGCUAAACACUGCACAGGUGUAUAAGUACUAGGGCCUGGGUCCAGCUGGUGCACCUGUUCCAGGAACAGCCUCGCCCAGGUGCUCCGUGGCUCACGAGGGGCCACGGGUCCCCAGAAGUCAGACCAUGAGCUCCUUCGAUCUCCAGGCGCACUCCCCACCCCGCUGCAGCCCCCAGUUCCCCAACAUUGGCCAGGAACCCCCUGAGAUGAACAUCUAUUAUGAGAAUUUCUUCCACCCACAGAACAUGCCUAGUCCCCAGCGUCCUUCAGGCUAUGAUAGCAGUGCGGACUACGGAGCCACACCAAACCCCUAUCUCUGGCUGAAUGGGCCUGCUAUCACCCCUCCGCCCUACCUCCCAGGCUCCAACCCUGGACCUUUCCUCCCCCAGUCCUAUAGCAUGCAGAGGCAGCUGUUGCCAAAUGGCCUGGGGGCUACUGACCUGGGCUGGCUACCCAUCCCUUCCCAGGAAGAGCUGAUGAAGUUGGUGCGGCCACCCUACUCCUAUUCAGCCCUCAUUGCCAUGGCCAUCCAUGGGGCUCCAGACAAGCGGCUGACCCUCAGCCAGAUCUACCAGUAUGUGGCAGACAACUUCCCCUUCUACAACAAGAGCAAGGCUGGCUGGCAGAACUCCAUUCGGCAUAAUCUGUCUCUCAAUGACUGCUUUAAGAAAGUGCCCAGGGAUGAGGAUGAUCCAGGAAAAGGGAAUUACUGGACUCUGGAUCCAAACUGUGAGAAGAUGUUUGACAAUGGAAAUUUCCGCAGAAAGCGAAAGAGGAAGUCAGAUGUCACCUCCAGCACAGGCUCCUUGGCCUCAGAGAAGUCUGAGGACAGUCUCCUGUCUGGCAGCCCCAAGACCGCAGAACCCCAGGACAUAUUAGACAGUGCCUCUCCAGGUUCUGACAGCUCCCCAGGGAAGCGCUCCCCGCCUUCUCCUUCAGGCAACCCGUGCCUUUCAGGCUUCCUGUCCACCAUGACGGCCUAUGUCAGUGGCUCCAACUCUACUGGUCGCUCAGGGGGGGCUCCUCCAGGACUCAGCAAUGACAGCACUGAGAAGAUGGGUCAGAACUUCCUGAGUUUUAACUCCUUCUCCCCGCUCCCCAACAUCCCCAGCCAUGGAGGUGGGGGUGACUGGUCCAACUCCAUGCCCUCCAACCACCUUGGCUACAGCGGUUCUGUCCUCAAUCAAUUCAACUCUCAUUUCUACAGCAGCAUUAACACGAACAGCAUUCUCUACCCCAGGGAGGGGACUGAGGUCUAGAAGCACGGGCAAGGCCAGGAAGGGCUGAAAGGAGAGAGAAGUAUGUCUCAGUAGGUAGCGCUAUUCAUCCUGGGGUUUGAGAGCUUGAAUCUGGUCCAGGAUUUUUUUUGUUUUUGUUUUUUUGGGAGGCUAUGGGUUUAAGGGACUUGCCCAGGGUCACACAGCUAGUAAGUGUCUGAGGCCAGAUUUGAACUCAGGUCCUCCUGACUGCAGGGCCAGCACUCUAUCCACUGUGCCACCUAGCUGCCCCUCAAUCUGGUCCAAAAUUGAUUUAAAAGGGUCAGAGAAAACCUGCCUUUUGUCCAGAGACUUGACUAAGUCUAUCACACACACAUACAUGCACAAACACAUAUAAAUAUACACACAGUGUGCAAACACACACAAAAUCAUAGACAUGGAACCUUACUCAGGAAGCACC